AUUCCAUUCCCCGCCACCGCCCACACAACCCACCGUAGCGGCGAGCCGGAGCCACCGCGCGCGCAGCUCAGCUCAGCUCAGCUCAGCCCUGCCGCCUCCACCGCGCCGCAUUCCUCUCCCGCGCGCAGGCGGGGGGAGAUCCGCCUCCCUGGUCCGAUGGCGCCGUCGCGGCCGCUGAUGCGCGGGGCGGGCCCGCCGCGGGUCUUCGGCUCCGGUCGCACGGGCCGGGCCUCGCCGUACGCGCUCGCGCUCGCCGCGCUGCUCCUCGCCUCCGCCUUCCUCCUCGCCCUCAUCGCCUUCGGCGUCUUCUCGCUCCCAGUCUCCUCCCCCGCGCUCCCCACCACUGCCGGCGCCGAGACCGAGUCCUCCGGCGACAGCGGCGGGGCCGCGGAGUCCGAGUCCUCCGGCGGCUCCUCCCGCGCCGCCCGCAGCCGCGCACGCCGCGACCUCAGCGAGGGGCUGGGCGAGCGCGGCGCGCAGUGGACGGAGGUCAUCUCGUGGGAGCCCAGGGCGUUCGUCUACCACAACUUCCUGUCCAAGGAAGAGUGUGAGUACUUAAUUGGAUUGGCGAAACCUCGCAUGGUGAAAUCAACAGUGGUCGACAGUGAGACUGGUAAAAGCAAGGACAGCAGGGUUCGUACAAGUUCAGGCAUGUUUCUUCAAAGAGGACGGGACAAGGUUAUCCGGGCCAUUGAAAGGAGGAUAGCAGAUUACACCUUCAUACCUGCAGAACAUGGAGAGGGACUCCAAGUACUGCACUAUGAAGUCGGGCAGAAGUACGAACCCCACUUUGACUAUUUUCUUGACGAGUUCAACACCAAGAAUGGUGGUCAGCGGAUGGCAACAAUUCUCAUGUACCUAUCAGAUGUUGAAGAAGGGGGUGAGACUAUUUUCCCUGAUGCAAAUGUGAACAGCAGUUCUUUGCCAUGGUACAACGAACUUUCAGAGUGUGCCAGAAAAGGUCUUGCUGUGAAACCAAAGAUGGGAGAUGCGCUGCUUUUCUGGAGCAUGAAACCAGAUGCCACUCUAGAUCCACUAAGUUUGCACGGGGGCUGUCCUGUUAUCAAAGGGAACAAAUGGUCAUCAACCAAGUGGCUGCAUGUUCACGAGUACAAAGCUUAGGCCUUGUGAACUCAUUCCAAAGAUGACACGAUUUGAGAAGCAUGUGAGCUGGGCUCUUUACAGGAUGGCAUUACAGUUACAGAUCCACCACCCCGGUUGUGUGCAUUGCUUGUGGAGGAUAUAUAUAUAUAAUAUAUAUACAAGGCAGGCAGUAAGCUCUCCAUGUUGGAAUACUGACUCGGCAUUUUACUUCUUGUCGUCUCUCGUAGUCGCUCGUGGUGCCCCCGACAACUUAUUAUAGAGGAAUGAAUAUGAUAUGUGAUGUAUGUAGUGUUGGGGGUUAUUGUAGGUCGGCUAUAGAUAGGAUCUAGAGCUCCAUUUUUGCAUGUUAUGCUUGUCCUGUCUGUGGCACCAGUACCAUGAUAAUACUGUGAAGCAGUGUUGGGGUGACUUGUGUUAAUCGAUGAAUAACAAAGGAGGAUGAUUUUGAUUGUCUCA